AUGGCGGACUACGAUACGCUACCGUACGAAGACCUAUUUCAGGACAAAAACGACAUAUCAGAUUUACACGCCUACUACAUGACGCAAUUUAAUUUAGAGUUAGAAAAUUGUAAUAAAAGCAAAACAAAAGUAGACUAUUUCAAAUUUGGUAACGAAGAAAGCUUUGAUUUUGAAGUUUUAGACAAUUGGGAUGGAGACACCAACAAUAAUACAGAUUUUGAAAUAAUAGAUCAAGUUAUAGAUAAUAACAUUAAUGAGCAGAAUAUCAAAGAAGUGUUGCUCGAUUUGGAUAGUAUAGAGUUUGAUGACAAAAACUUUAAAACAGAAUCCAUUGAUGAAAAAAAUAAAACCGAUAUCGAAACGACACUUUUUGGAACUAAUGACUACAUAGACGAUGAAUCUCUAAUAGAUGAACUUUGUAGAGAAGACGGAGAAAGAUUAACUCCUGAAUUUAAAGAAGAACAUAUAUCAAAUGAAAAGAAUCUACUGCCGUCUAUAGAUACAUUUUCGAAACGUUGCUGUAAUUAUAAUGACACACAACACGUUUACAAUCAAACUGAAUUAUCAAUUUCGCAACCAAUCAAUAGUUUGGAGCAUUACAGUUAUCCGAACAAUAUCUUGUACAACUUAGAUUGCGGAAAGAGCUAUAUCUUACCAGAUACACCAACCAGUGUUAAUGAGUUUCAUUUUGACAGAAAUGAAAGAAAGGUUUCAAUAUCAGAGUCUAUCGAGAGCGAUGUACAAAGUUCAAACUAUUCAGAAACAUUUGAGGAAGAAGAUUUGUUCGUAAAUUUAGACGACUUUGGACUCAAUUUCGAAAGAGAAAACGAAGUCACAUAUGACUACAAUAACACCAGUCACUGUUAUACCGAAAGGAAGGAAAAGGAGAAAGCACAAGGUGAAAGAAUAUGCCUUUGGGAAAAUUGUUAUGAUAAAUAUCCAAACCAAAACACUUUAGUGGAACACAUUGAAAGAUUACACGUCAAUACUUACAAAGGUGAUGAAUUCAGCUGCCUCUGGAAAGAAUGUACGCGCGCGCGCAAACCAUUUAACGCUCGAUACAAAUUGCUGAUCCACAUGCGAGUCCAUUCCGGCCAUAAACCUAAUAGAUGUCUUCACCCAGGAUGCGGGAAAGCAUUCUCCCGUCUAGAGAACUUAAAAAUCCACGUGCGGUCUCACACAGGGGAGCGUCCUUAUGCCUGUCUUGCUCCUCAUUGUAGAAAAGCCUUCUCCAACUCUUCAGAUCGCGCUAAACAUCAGAGGACGCACUUCAAUGCUAGACCCUAUGCCUGCGGAGCAGCGGGCUGUGGUAAGCGAUAUACCGACCCAUCAUCCCUCCGAAAACACGUCAAGUCACAUCCCCACAUUGCCAACGUACCCCGAACCUGCAUACCCCCUUCAAGACCUAUGCGAAGACCUGAAGAGCAAACGGUGCCCAGCUCACCAGCUAAGUUGGCUACUUUAAGGAGUAUUCGAGAUAAGUUAACUGUACCACGGUUGCAAAGACUGUAAUCAUGGUUGGUAAAAGAAAACUAGGUUUCGAACGUGUACCUGACGUGUACCUCUGAAAUUCGGACAAUGGUAGAGAUUUUGAUUCCGAUUUUUUCCAAUUGAGUUUGUUAAAUCUUACUUUUUAGUUGACUUCAAAAAAGGAGGUUCUCAAUUGAAUCUCGGCGAAUUCGUCUGUAUUUUGGGUGUACGUUACACGAUUACUCUGGCUUAGUUUUUUUUUAAUAAAGUUAUCGUUUUUUAUAAUAUCAAAUGACGGGACGAACUAAUCUCGUGGUGGUGAAUAACACGCCUGUCCGUA